UACUAAUUUAAAAAUUACAUGGACUCACCAGAGCUUUAAAACGUCAAGUCGUAUGCGGCCAGCGUUGGACCAUGCUGCAACAAACUGAGAUACUGUUAAGCAAAUAGCUAGAGAUGAUGUAAAGCAGCUGCAGCAGCAAUGAAACCACUUCAGUCAUUUAGAUUCAUGAAAAAUCUUCUUAUACAAGAUCAACUAAACGAGGCCUUAAGCAUUUUGCACACCAAAGACCAGCUAGUAAGCUCUUCCGUGCAUGGACUUCUUUAGCUGACCUGUACUAAUGAGAAAGCCUUGGCAGGAGCCAAAUUGGUCCAUGCCCACAUGAUACAAACUGGAUUCAUGAAUUUGGGUAACAGGCUUGUAACCAUGUAUGCCAAAUGUGGGUGUCUGGUGGAGGGGUAUAAGGUCCUGAUCGAAUUAGGUGAGUCAGAUGUGGUCUCGUGGACUGUUAUGAUUUCUGCCUAUGCAAGGAUUGGGUGUGCUCAGGAAGCCCUGGCAUUGUUUAUCCGAAUGCGAAAACAAGGCAUUAAACCUGACCACUUCACUUUUGCCAGUGUUCUUCCCGCCUGUGUGAGCUUGGACAGGCUAAAGGAGGUACAUGGAGAUGUACUUAGAUAUGGGUUUCAGUCUGAUGUGUUCGUGGGGAGUGCCCUUGUAACUAUGUAUGCUAAAUGCGGGAGAGUAGAAGAUGCAUGCAAUUUGUUUGACGGAAUGCCUGAACGAAACGUUGUCUCAUGGAAUGCAAUGAUUGCCGGAUAUUCGCAGAACGGGUUUAUGGAUGAAGCCCUGAAGCUGUUCCAGAAAAUGCCCGAGAAAAAUGUAGUUUCGUGGAAUUCAAUGAUCGCAGGUUAUGCACAGAUUGGGAAGAUCAAUGAGGCCUUGAAGCUCUUCAAGCAAAUGGGCAAGCAAAAUGUGGUUUCAUGGAAUACGAUGAUUGCUGGAUACGCACAGAAUGGCUUUAUUGACAAGGCUGUAGACUUUUUUUGGCAGAUGCCUGACCGAAACGAGGUUUCCUGGACAGCAAUUAUUGCGGGUUCUGCUCAAAAUGGGUAUGCUGAGGAAGCCGUGAAGUUUUACCGAGAAAUGGAACUAAGAGGUAUGAAGCCAACUUACAUAACAUUUGUGAGUGUUCUGUCAGCAUGUGCAGAUCUGGCAGCUCUUGAACAAGGAAUGCAAAUCCAUCAGGAAAUAGUUAGGAGUGGAGUGGAGUCUAUUGUCACUGUGGGCAAUGCUCUUUUAGACAUGUAUGCAAAAUGUGGGAGCAUAGAGAAUGCAAAAGAUCUGUUUGAUAGAAUGCCUCAACAUGAUGUGAUCUCAUGGAAUACAAUGAUUACUGGAUAUGCCAUGAAUGGCAGUGGCAAGGAAGCCCUCAACCUGUUUGAACAAAUGCUCUGCAUGGGCAUUAUACCAGAUCAUGUGACCUUCGUUGGUGUUUUGUCUGCAUGUUGCCAUAUUGGCCAAGUGGACAUGGGCUGGCGAUACUUCCAUUCAAUGAGUCAAGAUUAUCACAUCAACCCAUCAAUUGAGCACUAUACCUGUGUUGUUGACCUUCUUGGACGUGCAGGGCUCAUGAGUGAGGCAUACAACUUGAUUUGCAAGAUGCCAACAAAACCUGGACUAAGUGUGUGGCGGUGUUUACUUGGUGCCUGUAGUAGCCAUAACAAUAAAAAGCUAGGAGAACUUGUGGCCGACCACCUUUUUGAGCUGAAUCCCGAGUCCGACUCACCUUAUGUGCUGAUGUCAAAUAUCUGUGCUGCAGCUGGCCAGUGGAGUAACAUAGAAGUGCUGCGGAAAAGAAUGAAAGACAGAGGUGUAACAAAGAAACCUGGGUGCAGUUGGAUUGAGGUUGAUAAACAGUUGCAUGCUUUCCUUGUUGGAGACAAAUCACAGCCACAAACAGACGAGAUUAUGGGCAAUUGGAGAUAUUGUCUAGGCAGAUGAGAUCUACAGCGUAUGUGUCUGAAACAAGGUCGAUACUGAAUGAUACGGAGGAUGAGCAGAAGGAACAAAUUCUUCAUGAGUACAGCAAGAAGCCGGCUCUUGCUUUCAGGCUUAAAACUUCAUAAAUACAACCGCUGGGAUUACUAUUUGGAUCAUCAAAAAUCUGAGUGAGUUGUGAUUCCCUCUUUGCCAUUUAGGCUAUUUUCAAGAGUUUUGAACAAGAAUUUGUUUUGAGAGAUGCCAUUCAUUUCUAUCAUUUUAAGAAUGUGAAGUGUACUUUGGGGAUUACUGGUGAAGCAGAGCUGCUAAACGAAUUUGUUUGUCAAGAUAUCUUGCAAAAUUGCACGCUUCAGUGCUUGGGCAUGUAUCUUUAAUUCAUUUAUUGUGUAUUAUUCUUUUGAUGCUUUGCAGCGUUGCAGGUCUAACUUUUAUUACUUAAGCAUGCGUUGCACUUGUAUGUGAUAGACACACUGGUAGUGCAUGGCAUCCUCAUAGAGAUGGAGCAGGAUGCUUGUCGGUCAUAAAAUACUUAAUGAAGGAUAUUUCCAAUGUGAGUUGAUGGGGUUCUACCCUUACAUUGUUUUAACCA